AUGAGGCUCUCAUCAUUUACACCGGCUCUACGCCCAUGCACACACCUCCCUCACGUUCCCGUCCGCUGCUCCACCGCCACCGUCACUCCUCAACCACCAACCCUCAACAACAAGACAACUGUCAAAAACUUGGAGCGUUUACUAGACCCCAUUGACAACUCCACCGCCACCGUAACCGGAACCUCCCCUUACCGGUUCAUGCCCGCCCCGGCGAAGCUCGGCAAGAAAUGGCGGGAAUACCAAGGUAUUAGCAACUGGGAGGGCUUGCUCGACCCCCUCGAUGACAAUCUUCGCCGGGAGAUUCUCCGGUACGGUCAGUUCGUCGAUGCUACCUACAAGUCGUUUGACUUCGACCCCUCCUCCCCUUCAUACGCAAACUCCCUCUUCACCAGAAGCUCGUUUUUCGAGCGAGCUGGGAUUCCUGAGACCGGUUACCGUUUGACAAAAAAUCUACGUGCAACGUCGGGUAUCCAGCUGCCACGUUGGAUCGAAAAGGCACCCAGCUGGGUCGCCACCCAGUCGAGCUGGAUAGGCUACGUGGCAGUCUGUCAAGACAAAGACGAAAUCGCUAGACUUGGACGCCGAGAUGUGGUGAUUGCUUACAGAGGCACUGCCACAUGCUUGGAGUGGCUCGAGAAUCUCCGAGCCACCCUGACCCACCUUCCCAAUCAGAGCUCGGUCGGGUGCGCACCCAUGGUGGAGAGCGGGUUCCUGAGCCUGUACACGUCAGGAACCGCUGCCGCGCCGAGCCUCCAACGCAUGGUACGUGAAGAAAUCUCCAGGAUCCUCCAAUCCUACGGCGACGAGCCGCUGAGCUUGACCAUCACCGGGCACAGCCUCGGCGCGGCGCUGGCGACGCUCACCGCGUACGACAUCAAGAAGACGUUCAAACGCGCGCCGCUCGUCACCGUCAUCUCCUUCGGCGGGCCGAGAGUCGGGAACCGGAGCUUCAGGCAGCAGGUAGAAAAGCAAGGCACCAAAGUCCUGCGCAUCGUAAACUCGGACGACCUUAUAACAAAAGUACCCGGUUUCGUGAUCGAUAAUGACGUGUCGUGCAGACGCGAUGUCGACGUGGCCGCUGGACUCCCCAGCUGGAUCCAGAAGCGCGUGGAGGACACUCAGUGGGUGUACGCCGAGGUAGGGAGGGAGCUACGGCUGAGCAGCAAAGACUCCCCGUACCUCAACGGCUUCAACGUAGCCACGUGUCACGAGCUCAAGACGUACCUCCACCUGGUGGACGGCUUCGUCAGCUCCACGUGUCCGUUCAGAGCCUCCGCUAAAAUGGUGCUCGACAAUUGUCGGAGAAAAAAAACCGAGAGCCUGAAAACCAACUUUUUAGACUGA